AUGGCAACCUGCAUGGCGUUGCCCGUCUUCAUUAGCCCACAAGAUUUUGAUUAUAUAGUAAUCAUCACCAACCAAACUAAACUAAAAGAGAAUGAUGCUGUAUUUAUUAGAUGUACUGUUGAUAGUAACCCACCAGCUUCUAUCAAAUGGUUUAAAGAUGGUGAUGUAGAAUUACCCACAACAAAUUCAAAUAUCUACUUUAUAUCAUCAACAUCCUGUUUAGAUACUGGAAAUUAUUCCUGUUUAGCUACAAAUUCUGUUUAUGCAAAUCAGAAAAACAAAUCAUUGGAACUGCUUGUUCACUGUUCACCAUGGAUCACUAUUUUAAGUAAUAGUCACUCUUUGUAUAUUUAUAUAGGUUCACCAUGGUUCACCAUUUUAAGUAAUAGUCACUCUUUGUAUAUUUAUAUAGGUUCACCAUGGUUCACCAUUUUAAGUAAUAGUCACUCUUUGUAUAUUAACAUAGGUUCACCACGGUUGGAUACAAGAGAGGAUCACAGACUCAAAGUAUCUGGUGAUAUUGGAGAAACAGUUGAAUUAACAGCAGAAAUUAUUUCCUAUCCUGGUGCUAAUUUUCAAUGGUUUUAUAAAGAUAAUGGUAGUGAUAUAAUGAUUGGGAAUCAAGAAUCAUAUUUUGUCAUCAACAAUCAAAGAUUUAUAAAUAGUUAUAGAUCUGUGUUAAGAACAAAUAUUAAAUCAAAUGAGAUGUACAGACAGUAUUAUUUAAAUAUUACCAAUGAUGAUGAACUGAGUAAUAGUUUACAGUUUCAACUUAUAUCUGAGACUGUCCCAGAUAGUCCACAGGAUGUUAGGUUAUUGAAUGAAACAUCAGAUACAAUUUGUAUUGAAUGGAUACCAGGAUUUAAUGGUGGAGCACCAAAAAGUUAUAUAGUUCAACAUUCUACUGAUGAUAAAACAUGGAUCAAUUCGCCCGCAAUACCAGAUAGUACCAACAAUGGUCGAGUUGACUAUUGUAUAGAAGGAUUAGAACCAGAUACUAGUUAUUAUAUCAGAGUGAUAGCUAGUAAUAAAUAUGGUGAAAGUAAAAUUGGAACAUUAUCUCAGAGUGAACUUCCUAAGACAGCACCGAGACAAGGUGCAAGUCCUGCUCAGUUAUUAAUGGGAAGACAACUCCGUACAACUUUACCAACUUUAUCCAGAAAUAUAAAACCAAGAUGGCCGAAUCUUAAAAAUGUGAGGGGAAGGGAUCGAGAUCAUAAAGAUAGGAAAAAGCGAAAUUUUGAUUACCAUAAUUCCUCACGUGAUUUGAAAGAACUUAACCCAGGUGACAAUAUUAUAGUGAAGUUAGAUUGGGAAAAACGUGGAACUCCAGGAGUCGUAAUACGCAAAUGUGCUCAACCGCGUUCAUAUAUGAUUAGGACAAAAUACGGAUUAUUUCGAAGAAAUCGUAGACAUUUAUUUCUUACUAAUAAAGUUCGAUUUGCUGCUAAUGCGUUCGAUGAAGAUUUUGAUCCGAUUGAUAUAGAUAUUCGUGUUAACAAUCAUCAGGAUGUGAAUCCACCAGAUCCACCUCCUGAUAUUCCGCAACUUCCAGUUCGUGUAGAAAAACCUGUCUUGCGUCGCUCAGGUCGCACAAUAGUUAAACCUGAGCGAUAUCGUGAUUAA